AUCGAUUGUAUUAGUAUAUUUUGCAUGGCAGCAUUAGUACAUCCGGGUGAUUCCAGUGCCCUUGGGUUGAUGGUGAGAAUCAUGGCGGCUCUCAUCAGGAUAAGUUCUGUUUGCUGCAGAGGUGUCAGUCCUCUGUUGUUUCGCUCUUCCUCCCUCAUCAGACCUUUGGCUGUACAGAAGAAGGAUCGAGAUUGUCCAUACCUGAUAUCAGCUAAGAUACAUGCUACUCCAUCCAGUCAUGCGGGCUCUGGGUCCAAAGCUGCUUCCCUGCACUGGACAGGAGAGCGCAUCCUGAGCAUAGCUCUUCUGGGCUUGGCACCUGUUGCAUACUAUUACCCUGGCCCUGCUGUUGACUACUCUUUAGCAGCAGCACUUACUCUACAUGGUCACUGGGGUCUUGGGCAAGUUCUAACAGAUUAUGUUCACGGAGACUUUAAAAUCAAGAUGGCUAAUGCUGGCCUCUUCCUUCUGUCCACCGUCACCUUCGCUGGCCUGUGCUACUUCAACUACCAUGACGUGGGGAUUUGCAAAGCUGUGGCCCUCUUGUGGAGUAAAUGACUGGAAUGAGAUGAGGGUGCUGUGGGAUCCGCUUUCGGCAUCGGAGUUCCAGUUUAUUCUAUACAAAAGUGACAUUGUGUAAAUUCUAUAAAUAUAUAAUUUUUGGCAACAUUGUGUUGAUUUGCAGGUGUUUUUAAUUGUUAAUGUUGUCAGUUUUUUUCAGAACAUGCUCCGCUUUUGCUUAAGAUAGAAAUCUCUGCAUGUGGUCCACUCUCUUGUCUGUCAAAUCAGUGUUCUUGAUGCAGCAAACACAACAAAUUAUUGUGGCUACAAUAUGCUGGGCACUGUAUUUGAAAAUCAUUACACCAGCAAUAUUACAUUUUUGCAUGAAAAUGAUCAGGAAAUAAAUGUUUUGGUCAUAUUUAUUGCAUAAUAUAUUUUUGUCAGGCAGUAUCUGAUGUGUUACAAAAUAAUAUCUCGAGUUGGUUGUGUCAUCACAGCAUAUGCAGACUUAACUUUACACAGGUAUUGUAACAUGCACCUUCAUAUUCCUUCAUCAAUGACUACAACAUCUGGAGAACUGUCACAUUGACUGGGAAUACAUUUUGGACAAAGGUUUUGCAAGUCCUGUUAUGUUCUUGCACACAUGUGAAAACAACAUCGAGUCUGUCUGUUUAAAGUGCUAUGGAGAUUUGUGUAAUAAAUCUGUAUCACUAUAUUUCAAUGCAGAUCGAAACUAGGUAAAACUGUGCACAUAAGAAUAAAGUCAGUUUUUUGGA